AUGGGUCGGUCGAGGGGAGCCAGGGAGGAGGACCACGCGCCUAGUGGGGGUUCCAGACCCAACCGCUGCCGCUAUGCCACCACAAACCAAAGCGCCGCUGCUAUGCCACCACAAGCUGGUAGGACGCCGUGGGGUGCCAGUCUGCAUGGACGCAUUCUUACUGUGCCCAACCCACACCACCAGGACACGAUGAGCUUCCCUCUCGUCCGUGAGGACUGGAGUGCUGACGAGGAGAUGCUGCUGCUCGAGUUCCUGCGGGCAGCGGACGGCCAGGACGCACCAGAGACCCCACUGGGUCGUGCGGCAGGAGAGCAGCGAGGGGAGCGACAGCGUGCGGGCGAUUGCGGGCGAGACGGCAUGUGCUGGCGUGCACGGCCACUUGCAUUCGAGCGUGCGGGCGAUUGCGGUCUCGAGAUCGGCUCCCGUGACGAGGAGAGUAGAGCCACUGGCGCUUUGACGGCCGCGGCAAACGUGCAGACGGGGACCGAUGGCGAGAGGUGUGAGGAGCAGGCGAUCGGUGACGCAUCGAAUGGCAACCGGGUGAAUGGUGACAACGUGACCGACGGUCUCGAGAUCGGCUCCUCGAUGCCCCGCGGCGAGGCGAACGUGGCGAGCGUGGCGAUGGCAGCGACCGUGGAGAUCGAGGUUCGGCGUGACGUUCCACACAACGGCUCUCCCGCCUGCCGCCACGCACCACCGUUGAAUGGUGACGAGGGGAAUGCUCCCGGUGCGCCGCAGCCACCGCGCCGGAGCGCACGACGAACUCCGUGCGCGCAGGCGCCUGUCCGCGCCGCUGAUCCUCGAAGCGGCGCCGGAUCUGAUCAGCAGCAGCCUGCGGAGCAACAGGGACGCUCGAGGCAGGACGCGCAGGAGGAAGUGGACGAGGAGCGAGUUCGCUCACCGCAGAAUAUCCGCGGCCAGGAGCGGCAAGUGGAUCCAUUGGAUCAACGGGAGGGUGGCGCACGAUCAGCAAGCGGCCGACGCGGCGGAGGACGUACUGCAGACCGAGGAGGGAGAGCAGCUGGACCCGGCGAGCGAGCACGAGGAGGUGGACCAGAAAACGUGUACCUGCAGGCGUUGGAGAUGUACGGAAUGGGCAACUGGGGGGAGAUUGCAGAGCACGUGGGGUGCAAGAGCAGUAUGGCACAGCUGCCUGCAUCUCCUUUGCAAUGCUCCUCUCUCUCUCCUCCUGCCUCCUGUCCUUCCCCCCCUUGCACACAUCAGGCGCUGGAGAUGCGCAGUGUCACGAUCACUACCUGCCCUUUUGAGGCGCCUCAAAAGACUACCUGCUCUCGCCCUGUGGGUCAGGAUUUAUCUUGCCUGCGAACCCAAGCGGACACGGAAGCAGCCAAGGCGGCAAUGGAGGAGCAGGAGGCGGCAGAGACUGCUAACUUGAGUCCAACCCGUAUUUUCCUCCUCCGUGCCCCCAACCUUGUGCCUCUGCCUUUCUCUCUCCAGGACCUAUCUCGCCUGCGCACGCAAGCUGACACGGAAGCAGCCAAGGCGGCAAUGCAGGAGCAGGAGGCAGCAGAGACUAACCUGACUCGCCUACGAACCCAAGCGGACACGGAAGCAGCCAAGGUGACAAUGGAGGAGCAGGAGGCGGAUGAGACUGCUAACUUGAGUCCAACCCUUAUUUCCCUCCUCCGUGCCCCCGUCCCUGUGCCGCUGCCUCUCUCUCUCUCCAGGAUCGAUCUCACCUGCGCACGCAAGCACACACGGAAGCAGCCAAGGCGGCAAUGGAGGAGCAGGAGGCAGCAGAGAUUACUGUCGACCUCUAACCCUCCUCACCCUCUUUACUGCCGUCCCUCUUGUAUCGCCGCCUCUCUCCAGGACCUGACUCGCCUGCGGACCCAAGCAGACACGGAAGCAGCCAAGGCGGCAAUGGAGGAGCAGGAGGCGGCAGAGACUGCAGCGAGGGCGCAGGAGGCAGUUCUGUUCAGCGUUCCUGUGGUGAAACCCGAACCAGGCACCAAGGCAGACGACGCUGCAGCGCCAAUCACAAGCGGGUACAACACGAAGCGCAACGAGUUUGAUCCGGAAUACGACAACGAGGCCGAGGCACCGCUGGCAGAACUAAAAAUCAAGGAUUCCGAUUCAAGUGUGGAUAGACAACUGAAGAUCAAGAUGCUGCACAUCUACUACUCCAGGUGUGUGGGGUUCGGCUGA